AUGAAGGUUUGCCUUUUUGUAUUAGCAUUGUGGUGUGUUACUAUUCAUGGACUUUUGUAUCCAGAAGAAAGUGAAACUAGACAGAUUCGAUCAUUAGAUGGUCUAUGGGAAUUUCGACUCGAUGAAGCUGGUGUAGGUAAAACUGAGCAAUGGUUUGCCAAGUCAAAUUUACCUUCGCCUACUAUUCUUAUGCCUGUGCCAGCCUCGUACAAUGAUAUAACACAAAAUAUUACUAUUCAUCAGCAUAUUGGAAUGGUAUGGUAUGCGCGUGACCUUUUUUUUCACAAUACCGCACCUCGUUGGGUACUUCGAUUUCAAGCUGCUCACUAUGAAGCAAAUGUUUGGGUCAAUGGACAAUCAGCAGUGGAUCAUUCCGGUGGACAUUUACCUUUCGAAGUUGAUAUUACUCGAUUCAUUCCUAGUAAUGUAAGCUAUUCGAAAGUACGAAUUGUUGUCGCUGUUAAUAAUACUCUUACAUCUACAACAUUACCACCGGGAUAUCUACAUAUUUAUAAUCCAACCUAUCGUGUUCUUGAAACUCCAUUUGAUUUUUUCAAUUAUGCCGGUAUAGAUCGUUCAGUUAUACUUUAUUCUACCUCGAAUAACUAUAUCCAAGAUAUCACUAUUGACACAGAUAGCAUUGAUUUCGAUAGUCAACAUGUAGCUACAUCCGCUGUUCUUUCUUAUUCUGUCACCAUUGGCGGAACUACUCAUCAAGAAAAUACUCUUCGUGUAAUUAUUGAACUCUUUGAUGCUCAAGGCAUGCUUGUAGUGAACAAUACUGAUUCUCAAUCGCGUUUAAUUGUGAACAAACCAAAUCUAUGGGAACCAUGCGGAAUGAAUCAUACUCAUCCGUGUACUGAAGAAAGUUAUUUGUAUACUCUAAAAGUGACACUCUACGAUGAUGUAUCGCCUAUGAAUAUCUUAGAUAUCUAUCGUAUACCACAUGUUGGAAUUCGUACUAUUCGAUUGACUGACUCAAAAUUUUUAGUCAAUGAACGUCCAUUCUAUUUUCACGGAGCGAAUGCCCACGAAGAUAGUGAUAUUCGAGGAAAAGGAUUCGAUCGAGUAAUUCUAGCUAAACAUUUCAAUUUAUAUGGUUGGUUACAUGGUAAUGCAUUUCGAACAUCCCAUUAUCCGUAUGCUGAUGAAUUCUAUGCCAUGGCUAAUCGAUUUGGUAUAGCAAUUAUCGGUGAAACUCCAGCUGUCGGAUUGAAAAAAGAUCAAUUCGUUUCACAAGCUACUUUAGAUCAUCACAAACAAGUUGUCACAGAAAUGAUUAGUCGUGAUAGAAAUCAUCCAUCAGUUCUUAUGUGGUCGUUGGCUAAUGAACCUGAAUCUGGUGAUCCUGAGGCAAAAGGAUAUUUUAGUGCGCUAGCUAAUUUUACAAGACUAUUAGCAGCAGGUCGUCCUAUUACUUAUGUUAUUUCAGCUGCUUAUAAUAGUGAUCAAGGUAUUCAGUUCUUUGACAUGAUUUGUAUAAAUCGUUAUUUUGCUUGGUAUAGUCAAGCCGGUCGUCUAGAUCAAAUUCCAUCAUUGGUAUCUGAAGAACUUGCUAAUUGGCGACAUAGAUUUCCAAACAAACCAAUAUUAAUGAGCGAAUAUGGCGCAGAUACUGUGCCUGGUCUUCAUAAUGAUCCACCAUUGAUGUUUACUGAAGAGUAUCAAAAAGAUUUCCUAUCUGGUUAUCAUGGAUCGUUUGAUAAUGUUUCUUCUAUUGUUCAUCCAGAUACAGGUUAUUUUGUUGGUGAAUUAGUCUGGAAUAUGUUUGAUUUUGCAACUGACCAAAGUAUUAUUCGUGUAGGUGGCCUAAAUCGCAAGGGUCUAUUUACUCGACAGCGCCAACCAAAAGCAGCCGCUUUCGUUAUGAAAAAACGCUACCAAGAACUUGAAUUCAUACCAACAGAAGUAGCACACUAG